UCAGAGUUAGGCCACAGAAGAUCACAGUGAAACGUGUCUCGUACCUGGCUCUGCAUUCCGAAAACUGUGUUAUCCCCUUCACGUGGCGGCGGUCAGCCACAGCAGAGCCGCGCGGGGAAGAAGCCAUGGCGAUCGUGGCCGUGCUUGCCGCGCCCACCGCGAGCUCCGCAGCGCCGCGACGCUGUUGGCGUGCCGCGGCAGCGUCCUCCUCGGCGGCUUCCGGAGUGGGCCUCAAAGCGCUCCAGUCCGCCAUCGACAAGAAGAGCAGCGAUGAUGUCAAGCAGGCGCUGGACCAGCUGAGAGAGCUGGGAUGGGCCAAGAGGUGGAGCUCGCAGCCGUACGUGUCGCGCCGCACGACAUCUCUGCGAGAGCUCACUACCCUGGGAAUCAAGAAUGCUGAGACCCUUGCGAUUCCAAGUGUUAGAAAUGAUGCAGCAUUUUUGUUUACGGUUGUCGGUACCACUGGAUUCUUAGCCGUCCUUGCAGGCCAGCUUCCUGGGGAUUGGGGCUUCUUUGUUCCCUACUUGAUUGGAAGCAUUUCAUUGAUAGUAUUGGCUGUCGGAAGCGUUGCUCCAGGUCUUCUGCAAGCAGCGAUUGGAGCGUUUUCCACAGUGUUUCCUGACUAUCAGGAGAGAAUUGCUAGGCAUGAAGCUGCUCAUUUUUUGGUUGCCUAUUUGAUUGGCCUCCCUAUCUUGGGAUAUUCUUUGGACAUUGGAAAGGAGCAUGUUAAUUUGGUAGAUGAGCAGUUACAAAAGCUAAUAUACAGUGGGCAGCUUGAUCAAAAGGAACUAGACAGGUUAGCUGUAGUUUCAAUGGCCGGACUGGCUGCUGAAGGUCUAGAAUAUGACAAAGCCGUAGGUCAAUCAGCAGACCUUUUCACCCUUCAGAGGUUCAUAAACAGAACUAAGCCGCAACUAAGCAAAGAUCAGCAACAAAACCUUACCAGAUGGGCAGUCCUGUUUGCUGCAUCACUUCUGAAGAACAACAAAGCGGCCCAUGAAGCUCUCAUGUCUGCAAUGUCCCAGAAGGCCAGCGUGUUGGGGUGCAUUGAAGCGAUAGAGAACGCCUCUUGAUUGAAAUGUAACCUAAAUGGCCUAACAUGAUUGAAUCGGAUAUUGUUGAAGAAAACUAAGAUGUAAAAUUCAAGAGCUAACAAGAAAAGGUGUUUUCUUUCCAAAUGAGUCUUAGACGGUGUUGUCGAACAUGUUGACAGUCCAUGAAAUGGUAGAUAAACUGUAAAUAGAAGCCUCCAAACAAAUGCAGUAUGAUUUGUCUCCACUCCAUGUGAUACAAUCUCAAGAGUUAAGACUCCAGUCCUCAGGAAAAUGCAUGGUUCUGAUUACAUGCUUCUGUCUCUAGUUACAAGUUCAGUAGGUCUUGUAGUAGGUACAAUCAAUUUAAGGGGCUGAUCCUCCCCAGUACACUCUCUCUUUAAAGAGAUCUGAACAUUUCACAACCUUGCAGGACUGCCUGGUUGCAGAAAGACAUUCUGCUUGUUCACAAAAUGUUCCUACGCGGACAGCAGAGCCCUGAUCACAGAACACCCUUGCAAGACCGCGUGCAAGAGCUGUCGGCUGUUCGGAACUCUGUAUGAUCCACAUCUGGCUAUCUGGGAUGCAGGACCCAUCUCUGAAAGAAUUCAGAACAAUAUCCUUGCCUUUGUGCAGCGACGACGAAGCUUGCAAAAUGUUUGGAUCUCACUUAACUUUAUCUAUCUAUACUUAUUCUAUAUACAUAUUUCGACGCAGAGGGGAAAUCCUCCAUGUGUUUCCUUUUCAUUAAGUUCUAUAUACAUAUACUGUCUAUCUAGUCUCUAUAUGUGCGUACUUAUACAUCGUCGGACCAGUCCUGCAGCUCGCCCUCGGAGAAGAGGGCCUCGACGAUAUUGUCGAUUAGGGAGUCGACGAAGGCGUUGCAACCCAGCGUGAACAUCUGGCCGAUCCUGCUGCGCGCGCUGGAGGCCCAGGCGAACGCGGCGGCGCAGGCCACCACGGCCACGCACACACCCGCCGCCUCCUCGAUCUCCAUCAUGUCCAGCUUCUUGAACAGCGAGCUGCCCGUCGUCACCUCCACCGCAACGGCCGCCGCGAAUGCGAGCUGCGCGCAGCAGAAACGUGAGGAUUAAAUCAUAAGUUCAACGUGUACAGGGAGCAGCGACUGAGCAAGGGCACGGAAAUGAAGGAGCAAAGGGGCCUGACGGCACUCACCAUGGCGAGGCGGCCGGAGAUGGUCUCGAAGUCCUGGCUCUUGCGGGAGCUCUCGAUGUAGUCGGCGAGCGACGCGAAGAACGGGGAGGAGCCUCCCGAGUCCGCGCCACCGGCCCCAGCCUCCUCCUCCCCAGUCAGGAUCCUCCGCGUCACCACGCCGCUGCCGGCGCCG